GGCCGCCCAGCGGUCCCCUGGCCUGCGUCUCAGCUAUAAAGCGGGUGGACGCAUGACCGCGGUUGCGAAGCUCGGGUAGCUGCAGUGCCCGCCAGCUCUCAGCCCCCCGUCACGACCCCUUGCUCCUUACCCCCGAGCGCUCCCGACUCCACCAUGCCAAGAGGCUUCCUGGUGAAGCGAACUAAACGGACGGGCGGCUCCUACCGAGUGCGCCUAGUCGAGCGGGUCUUCCCCGUGCCGGAUCCCCAGGGGGUGCCGCCCUUCCCCAAGGAGACUUCCAGUGCCCCCCAGCCCAGUGCGGAGCAGGCAGCACUCCCUACCCCAGAGGAGCCCGGAAAGGGGCUGAAGGAGGUGGAGGCGGCCCGCGAACUGUUGGGGUCGCCUUGUCGGGCGGCUGGGGUGAGCCCGGGGGCGGACGGGCGGGAAGGCGCAGCGUGGAAGGUAGAUGGCAGAGAGGGUCCCGGGCCCAGCCCCAGCCCGGCCAAGCCAGUGGGUGCGGAGCUGCGCCGGGCAUUCCUGGAGCGCUGCCUCUGUUCUCCGGUCUCCGCUGAGUCCUUCCCCGGGGGCGCCGCCGCCGUGGCCGCUUUCUCCAGCUCGGUGGCACCGGCAGCCGCACCGACCUCGGGGGAGCAGUUCCUGCUGCCGCUCCGGGCACCGUUCCCAGAGCCCGCGCUCCAUUCGGACCCCGCGCCCCUUUCGGCCACCCUGCAAGGCCUGAAGCGGUCUGCUGCCGGCGAACGCCGCGCCAAGGCGUCUCCGGGCUGCGUGUCUGGACCCGUGGCCGCGGGAGUCAAGAAGCCAAAGGCCAUGAGGAAGUUGAGCUUCGCUGAUGAAGUGACCACGUCCCCUGUUCUGGGCCUGAAGAUCAAGGAGGAGGAGCCUGGAACCCCGUCCCGGGGCCUGGGGGGCAGCCGCACGCCCCUGGGGGAGUUCAUCUGCCAGCUGUGCAAGGAGCAGUAUGCGGACCCCUUCUCGCUGGCUCAGCAUCGCUGCUCCCGCAUCGUACGCGUUGAGUACCGCUGCCCCGAGUGCGACAAGGUCUUCAGCUGCCCGGCGAACCUCGCCUCCCAUCGCCGCUGGCACAAGCCUCGUCCCACAGCUGCAAACAUCGCCACAGUCUCCUCAACUGACGGGAAGCCUUCUUCGUCCUCCCUGGAUUCCGGGACUGUUGCAUCCUUCCUGGCGGAGGGGAAGGAGAACAGUCGGGCAGAGCGAACUGAGGAUCAGCACCCGCAGGCCAGGGACAGCUCCGGGGCGGAGCAGCACCCGGACAGAGCCCCAUCCCAGGGCCUCCAGGUGUUGUCCCACCUCGAGGCACCGCUGCCUCGGGUCCCCUACCCGGAGGGGCACCGGGUGCCUGGGCUGGGCAGUGCCAGUGGUGUCGGAGGACCCGAGAUUUUCGUGUGCCCCUAUUGCCACAAAAAGUUCCGUCGCCAAGCCUAUCUGCGCAAGCACUUGGGCACUCACGAAGCAGGCUCAGCCCGCGCGCUUAUCCCGGGCUUUGGCUCGGAACGCGGCGCCCCACUGGCCUUCGCUUGCCCGCUGUGCGGGGCGCACUUCCCGUCCGCCGAUAUCAGGGACAAGCACCGGCUGUGGCAUGCUGUCCGCGAGGAGCUGCUCCUGCCGGCCUUAGCCGGGGCGACCCCCGAAGUGGCGAGCCCAGGCGGGGCACCGGACGGGAGUGCUCAGCAAAUUUUCUCCUGCAAGCACUGCCCGUCCACUUUUUUUAGCUCCCCGGGGCUGACCCGGCACAUCAAUAAGUGCCACCCCUCAGAAGGUCGGCAGGUACUGCUGCUGCAGAUGCCACUGCGGCCAGGCUGUUGA